CACAUUGGGGAAGAGGGGCUGCGGGGCAAACGGGCAGUAAGAGCUUGUUUGGGUCUUUCUUUCAGCUUUAGCAGGCAUUUAAAGUGGCUUCUGUACAACAAGCCGGUGCCUUCCUUAAUCCAAGAGGGACCUCAGUGCGGGCUGGUGGCACUGUGGAUGGCAGGCUCCCUCCUCGGUCUGUCCCAGGACAUCUCCCUGGAGAGGAUCCUGCGGGUAGCGUUGGAGAGAGGCUACACCGCCCAAGGGGAAAUGUUCUCAGCGGCUGACAUGGCCCAGCUGGCCGAGGAGGUGUUCCCGUGCCGGGCAGAGCUGCUCUCAGGAGGCCUGGAGGGAGAGAACCAGGAAAGGAUCCUUCGCCAUCUGACUGCUGGCUGCCCCCUUCUGCUGCCCUACGACGAGGACUCCAACCACGAGCCCUGCCGGAGGCGCGGCUUCAAAGCCCACUGGGCCGUGGUCUCAGGAGUCCUGCUGGGCCUCCAGGCCAGCGCCCUCUGCCCAGCCUGCCAGGAGGACGGGGAGAUCUCCGGCCUCUUCCACCCCGGCCCAGCCUCCCCCCCGCCCAGCCCGGAGCACGUGGCGGAGAUCUACCUGCUCGCCAAGCAGGGCAAGAGCUGGCGCCCCCAGCUGUGGCGCUACCAGCAGGCGCACGAGAGCAACGCCCAGCUGACGGACUUCUGCGUGGUGCCCGCUGGCGGCGUGAGAGCCGGGCUCUGCGGCAGGACCGUGCUGCUGUACCCCAGCACCACAGAGAGCCCCCCGGCCCAGCUCCCCCCUGCGGCGGGGCACUAG